UGGAGCUGUACCUCCCAUAAACCUCAUUCGAAGUCACUUCUUUUCAACUCCCGAGGCGCUCUCUCUCUCUCUCUCACAACCUCCACUGUCACUCUCCAAACAGAUCUCAUCACAACACAACGCACUGCUUUAAUUGUUGUUCCCCUCUAUCAGCAUUUACAAUUUUUAUUUAUUCAUUAGUAUUACUAUGUAAUACACAUUUCUCUAAUGGAUCCUGACUCUACAAUAGUGAGUGCGUUUCAACCUGCCCCUAAUUUGGCCGAGAUCUGGCCCUUUCCCAUCAAUGCUUUGAGUAAUGCCAAUCAAGAUCAACAUAUUCCCAUCAAUCAUCUUCUCCACCACACAACAAAUCACGCCGCCAGGAAGCGGCGCGACGAUGAUGAAUUUGCUAACGGAGUUUUAACUAAUGGAAAUGCCUUGAGUGAAUCCAAUAGUAAGCGGCAGAAGGCCACGGGAUCAAACGAGAAUCAGGAAUAUUCAGGAGGAGGGAAUUCAGGAAAAUCUGCAGAGCAACCUGCAAAGCCAGCUGAACCACCUAAGGACUACAUCCAUGUGCGAGCAAGGAGAGGUCAAGCUACCGAUAGUCACAGCCUAGCAGAAAGAGCCAGAAGAGAAAAGAUUAGUGAGAGGAUGAAAAUCCUACAAGACUUGGUCCCUGGUUGUAACAAGGUUAUUGGAAAAGCCCUCGUCCUUGAUGAGAUAAUCAAUUAUGUCCAAUCAUUACAACGCCAGGUUGAGUUCCUAUCAAUGAAGCUUGAAGCAGUUAAUACAAGAGUAACCCCAAGCAUCGAAGGAAUUCCUACUAAAGAUUUUGGGCAGCAAACAUUUGAGACAAACACUAUGGCAUUUGGUUCACAAGGUACAAGGGAAUAUGCUGGGGGAACAUCACCAGACUGGUUGCACAUGCAGAGUGGUGGUGGAUUCGAUAGAACGACAUAAAGUAAAUAAUCAGCAUCAAAGGCUAAUAAAUUCUUAGGAGGCUAAUGCUUCCUCCAGGGACUGCCAAAAUAUACAACUGUUCCUUGAUUUAUAGGUAGCUUGUUUCUGAUCAGGCACAGAGUUGUUGUAUGUCUUUAGGACACCACGAACCAAAUCACCAUCUCCUUGUGCAAUGAACACAGACUUUCCUACUAUAGUGUAACAUUACAUUUUCUUUCACUGCAACUGAGCAAAAUUGCUAAAUGAAUAGUACACUAGUGAGAAUGCCUAUUAGACAUGGUUAGUAAGGUAUAUCAUGAAGCUGUAAUCUGUUCCUGCUGUUCUAAAAAAGCAUUCAUAUGUUCUGCUUUUC